GCAGUAACUGAGCCAAGAUGCUGCGGAAUCUUCUGGCUCUCCGUCAGAUUGCUAAGAGGACCAUAAGUACUGCUUCACGCAGGCAGUUUGAAAAUAAGGUUCCAGAGAAACAAAAGCUGUUUCAGGAGGAUAAUGGAAUUCCAGUGCAUCUGAAGGGUGGGAUAGCUGAUGCCCUCCUGUAUAGAGCCACCAUGAUUCUUACAGUUGGUGGAACGGCAUAUGCCAUGUAUGAACUGGCUGUGGCUUCAUUUCCCAAGAAGCAGGAUUGACUUCAGUUUAUCCUGCCAGCAAUCAGUUGGUUCAAUUCCAUUCAGCUCUCUGUGGACCAGUAAUCUGACACAUAACUGAGUUCUUUGGGGAUCAAUAUUUAUUGACUUGUAUUAGCUGCCACCAAUAAAGCAGUCUUUACCAUGCCUUUUUUUAUUUUAUCACUUUAGGAUACAUUAUACCAGUAAUAUCAGCCUUAUAAACCUUGGUAAGGAGCAAAAAAUGUUUCUUUUGUCAUUAGGUUAUAUAAAGUACUGUUGUGGUAUUA